AUGUCUGCUAUCAAUUUGGCCAGGAAUUCGAUAAGGCAUGAAACAAUCAAACACAUUGAGAUGAGAUUCCGUUAUUUUAGAGAACAAGUAUCAAAUGGAAAACUAAACUUGGAACACUACAUAACUGAUAAUCAGAUUACAAAUAUCAUGAUAAAGGUUGUGCAAGUGGAGUUAUUCAAUAGAUUGAGAACUAUGAACUUAAUUGGAGUUCUAGAUAUAUACGGAUUUGAGAGUUUCAAGACAAACAGCUUCGAGCAAUUUUGUAUCAAUUUGACAAAUGAGAACUUACAGCAGCAUUUCAACCAGCAUGUCUUCAAAAUGGAGCAAGAGGAAUAUACAAAGGAAGAAAUUGAUUGGAGUUAUAUAGAGUUCAUUGAUAAUCAAGAUGUUCUCGAUCUUAUUGAGAAGAAACCUGGCGGCAUUAUUGCUCUUCUGGACGAGGCCCGUAUGUUUCCAAGAUCAACGCACGAAACAUUUGCUGAAAAGCUAUAUCAAACACUUAAGGACAAUAAGCGAUUCAGCAAACCGAAGUUGUCACGAACUGACUUCACCAUCAAUCACUAUGCUGGUGAUGUCACGUAUCAAACUGAUAUUUUCCUUGAUAAAAACAAAGACUACGUUGUUCCGGAACACGCUGCGCUGCUCUGUGCUUCCAAGUGCUCCUUUGUUUCAGGACUUUUCCCACCUUUACACGAGGAAAGUACUAAAUCAACAAAGUUUUCUUCUAUAGCCACUCAGUUUAAGCAACAACUGCAAUCUUUGCUUGAAACAUUGAGUGCGACUGAGCCACACUACAUUCGUUGUGUAAAGCCAAAUAAUCUUCUUAAACCGGGGAUAUUUGAGAACAACGAUGUGUUACAGCAUCUUCGAUGUGGGGGUGUAAUGGAGGCAAUUAGGAUAAGUUGCGCUGGAUAUCCAACUCGAAAGAACUUUGAUGAAUUUGUUCAGCGAUUUAGUAUAAUGGAACCUAGGGUUCUAAAAUCAUGUCCUGAUGAGAUGACGGCUUGCAAGAGACUUCUAGAUAAAGCAAACCUUAAAGAUUAUCAGGUUACAUUGAAUCAUAGAUGA